AAGCGUGUCCCUCUCAUGGCCAGCGUGUAACCAGCGCUUUUCUUUCGAAGCUAGAUUCGUAGCUUCGCUUGCCGAAUGCACUAAAAUAUUUAGUGCACGUGUUGUCAGUGAUUUUAAAAUGGCAGAAACAGAAAAUGAAAAACGUAAAGAUAAAAAAAAGUCACUCGGAGAACUGCAAGUGGCUAUGAAAUGCCAAGUCGAACCCUCCAAGGCAGCAGUUAAAUUGGAGUACGGCAACUGGCCAUUGUUGUUCAAAAACUUCGACAAAUUAUUGACCCGUACAAAAUGUUUUACACCAUUAACGUGCGGCUCAACACCUCUCCAUCGUAAUCUCUCUGAAUACAUUAAAUCAGGUUGCAUCAAUUUGGAUAAACCGUCAAAUCCGUCUUCACAUGAAGUUGUUGCUUGGAUCAAGCGAAUUUUGAAAGUUGAAAAAACUGGUCACUCUGGUACCUUAGAUCCUAAAGUAACAGGAUGUUUGAUCGUAUGUAUAGACAGAGCGACUCGUUUAGUAAAGUCGCAACAAUCUGCAGGAAAACAGUAUAUUGCAGUAUUCAAAUUACAUUCUGCUGUUGAGAAUGUUCUCAAGGUGAAACAAGGCUUAGAAAAAUUGCGUGGAGCACUGUUCCAAAGACCUCCGUUAAUAUCAGCAGUUAAGCGUCAGUUGCGAGUCAGGACAGUGUAUGAUAGUAUUCUACUUGACUAUGACGAGGAUCGAAACAUGGGAGUAUUUAAAGUUGAUUGUGAAGCAGGUUCUUACAUCAGAACAAUGUGCGUUCACUUAGGUCUCUUUCUAACUACUGGAUGUCAAAUGGAAGAGCUUCGUCGAUCGAGGUCCGGUGUACAAUCCGAACAAGACGGGAUGGUGACAAUGCAUGAUAUUCUUGAUGCUCAAUGGUUAUACGAGAACCACGGUGAUGAGACUUAUUUACGCAGAGUAAUUAAACCUUUAGAAGCUCUUCUCGUGAAGCACAAAAGAAUUAUUUUGAAGGAUAGUGCAGUAAAUGCUAUAUGCUAUGGAGCAAAAAUAAUGGUACCUGGUGUUCUAUUAUACGAUGAUGGAAUCGAGCUUAAUGAAGAAAUUGUAAUUGUCACCAGCAAAGGAGAAGCUAUUGCUCUUGCUAUUGCACUUAUGACGUCACCUACUAUGACCGCUUGUGAUCAUGGUGUAGCUGCUAAGAUAAAACGCGUGAUUAUGGAAAGGGAUGCCUAUCCCAGGAAGUGGGGACUGGGUCCUAAGGCCUCAAUAAAAAAACGGAUGAUAAAGGAAGGCAAAUUGGAUAAGCAUGGAAAACCAAAUGAACAAACACCGUCUGACUGGCUCACAAGUUACGUGGAUUAUUCCAAGACUGAUGCUAACGGAGUCGAAGAUGCCACUAAUCGAAAACGAAAACUGGAUCCUACAACAAGUUCAAUUGAUGCAUCGGUUGCUGAAGAAACCAAGGAUGAAGAAACUGCGUCACCAAAAGAAAAAAAGAAGCAUAAAAAAGAUAAGAAAAAGAAGAAAGUAACGGAAGAAACAGAUGCUACUGAAACUGAAACUCCAGCAAACGCAGCUACUGAAGAAACACAUGUGAAGAAAGAAAAGAAGAAGAAAAAGAAGAAGGAUAAAGACCAAGAAGCGCCAGCCAGCGAAUAAUGAAAUUCGUAAACAUACCAUAUAACAGGCAUGCUAAAGUUAUACUUAUCAGUCAUCCUGAAGUUAUUUGGUGUAAAAUGAAAAAUAUUUCAUACGAUACGAAACAAAGUUAUAUAUUUUUAUUUACAUCCUAAAGGGGCCUGAAAAGUUCCACUUACGUCAACUAAACGGAGAUGCAAUUAUUACCUGAGAAAUGAAUUGAUUCCGUUCUUGAUACUAUGAUACACUUACCGAAAUCAAUCUAAACUAUUUUACUAAUGAAAAUAAUGAAGUGAUAGGUUAGCAGAACGUCUAUUAUGCUUAAAAUCAGAUAUUUUUAUAGUAUAGCAAAAGCUCGUUUCAAAUAUUAAUUUGCGCUAAACAUGCCAAACAAUUGUGAAAAAUUGAUAUAUCAAUCGUUCGCCCUUAUAUUUGUAGGAUCGUUGAAGACACAUCUCGAAUUACACGCAUCAUUUUAAUACAGAACAAAUGUGAAAACAAUACCUACAUGGUUUUGUUUCUUGAUAUUCACCUGAUAUACUGAGCAUGAUGUACAUUAUGUGUAUAUUGAGUUUGAAAAGUUUAGUUUUAUAAUCAUCUACAGCUUUCGGUAUUUGGUAUAAAAUUAAUUUUACGAUUGGGGAAUAUCCGAUUGAAUAAAAUUCGUGACCUGUUACACUGAGUGGCUAAGUGAAGAAAUAUUCCCACAUCUUAACGGUACAAAUUGUAUAUUCUCGGACCUUCAAACCAUAGGUUUGUCGUGCUUGUAAUCUAUGCACCAUUAUUUUUCUGCUCAUUUUACGGUAUUUGUUUUUAUAAACGAAUAUGUAAUUAACCGCAAGAUACUGUACAUAAUUUCAUUCUAAGGCUGGCCAAUUUGCAGGGAAUUCAAAUAAAUUACAAUGUAAACAAUUGUA